AAGAUUUACGAACAAAAAUUAAAUUCAUAACAUGUUACUAGUCAUUAUUUAUGCUGGGACUACAUGGAGUCAUGAUUCAAAGCGUACAUGUAUAGCAGUUAACUGUAUCUGUUUUAUAUGUUAAGUGGUUUUCUUUGUCCUUGGUCACCAGGUCUAAUGUCAGCCAACUAGUUACCCUGUAUCUUGGCUCAGAGCCAACCUCCGUUUUCUGUCACAUGGGAGAUUUUGGAUGUGGAUUUGGAGGAUAGACGCCGGUCAUGAAGAUUAACGGCACCGAGCCCACCUUUCAUUUUAACUCGCAUUAUUGGAAGGAUUACGAAGUAUACAACCUUCCCGGAGGGGAGACUGGGUUUGACGAACUGGAAACGAAACUGCCUACCUACUGGGACACAUCCUUCUCCAAGAUCUGUCUCGGUAUGAAGAUUGGAAAUCAGCUCAACUUUAUCGUGAUUAACAAGAAGGCUGACUCUUUGUAUACAUUGAUUGCUGAUGGGCAAUACCGCUCAACCUCACUGGGUCGUGACACAUGGAAAGAGUUGAUUGGUUCACAGGCCUCUUUGCAGCUUCAUUGCAACAGGGAAGGUUUUAAUGUUGUUUGUAACCGCAACCAAUAUUCAAAAGCUAGAAUUGGUAUUAUUGGCGACCUCUUCUACCGAGCCCGCCGUUGCUUAUUUUGCACAUCACGGAUUGGAUUUGGUACAGGCGGUUUACCUGAUUACGACAGUUCGUGUGGUAACGAGGCACGGCAGCAAUCAGAUAAUGAAGAGAAACGUAUAAGGGCCAUGGGAUACAUUUUGGUAGAAUAGCAAAACGCGGAUGCAGAAAGAGUUUAAUCAUUAAGAGACGGAGGACUCUUGUAAUUUCGAGCCCAAGAUAUCUGUACCUUUAG